AUGCGGCCCAACGGGCUAUCCAGCACAAAUGGCUUUUCACAGGCGUCCUACGGGUCGACCUCGAGAAAAGCCAGUCUGAAUGGCCAACAAACGACGUCAGCGAAUGGAGAGUCGCAGUCAAAUGGCGCUACGAAAGCCUUGACGAGCUCCUACUUUGGCCAUAACCGGGAGGAAGUGACGCGGAUUUUGAUCCAGAGUCUGUACGAGCUGGGCUAUAACUCUGCAGCAUCGACUUUAAGCUCCGAGAGUGGUUAUCAGUUGGAGACACCCGGUGUUGCGACAUUCCGGAGCGCGGUACUUGAUGGACGGUGGUUCGAGGCUGAACGGAUCCUCAUCCAAUCUUUCCGAAAUAUGGCACCGAAAAAUGGCCAGAAAGGUUCUUCGGAAGAGACACUGGUAUUGGCGGAAGAUGCGGACCGCAGUGAAAUGCUGUUCUAUCUCCGUCAGCAGAAAUUCUUGGAGCUCCUCGAAGCACGCGAGUUGGGCUCAGCGCUAGUAGUGCUCCGGCAAGAACUCACGCCCUUGAACUACGACGUGGACCGGCUCCAUGCGCUUUCAAGCCUCCUGAUGUGUCCUACGGAAAUGCUCCACGAGCAGGCAGGGUGGGAUGGCCCAAUCAGCUCAUCUCGAGAGCGGCUUCUGGCCGACUUGUCAAAAUCCAUCUCUCCCUCGGUCAUGAUUCCGCAGCACCGUCUUGCAAUCCUAUUGGACUACGUGAAGCAGGGCCAGAUCAGCAAUUGUCUCUAUCAUAAUACCGCCGAGCCGCCAUCACUCUAUUCCGAUCACAUGUGCGACCGAAGUGACUUCCCACUAGACGUUAGUGCCAACCUCAACCAGCACAAUGACGAGGUUUGGCACUGCGGAUUUUCCCACGAUGGAACCAAGUUGGUUACUGCAGGCCAGGACCGCUCCGUGCUGAUCUACGAUACGAGUACCUUUUCGGUGAUCCACAGACUUAACGGGCACUCAGAUGGAGUUGCCUUUGCCUGCUGGAGUCCUGAUGACUCCAAGCUUAUAACCUGCUCGCAAGACAGGACGGCGCGGGUAUGGAAUGCUGAGACUGGGCGCUGUCUUUUGACGAUCGACCAUCACUGCCACCCAGUGACCGCUGCGGGAUGGGCCCCUGAUAGCGAAUCAUUCGUGACGUCGUCAUUCGAUGCGAGCUCCGGCCUCUGCCACUGGAGUAUGAGGGGAUCACCACUGCAUACCUGGAAGGGUGGAUUCCGGACGCAAGAUUGCGCAAUCAGCCCGGAUGGCCGACGGCUCGUCGCAGCAGACACGGAUUCCAAGCUUCAUGUAUUUGAUUUCCGCACUUACGAAGAGGACUAUUGCCUUUCCUUUCCGAGCAAACCAACAUCCGUUGUUAUCAGUCGGGACUCGAAGCACAUGCUGAUAAAUCUGGCGGAAGGGGAAAUUCAAUUGAUCGACAUGGAUACUACUGCUGUUGUGCGACGAUUCAAGGGAUACAAGCAGGGCAGUUAUGUGAUUCGGAGCACCUUUGGUGGAGCAGCGGAGAAUUUUGUUGUCAGUGGCAGUGAAGAUUCCCGAAUUUACAUUUGGCACAAGGACAACGGGACCCUUGUGGAAACCUUGGAAGCUCACACUAAGGGCUGUGUGAACUCAAUAUCAUGGAGUCCGACAAAUCCAGGCAUGUUCGUCUCAGCUGGUGACGACAAAGCCGUGCGCAUCUGGUCCAUAGACCCCGAACGCCAUCGCCCAAUCGCUGGAGCGAGUCAACGUCGAGGCAUAUCAUCAACAGGGUUCCCACGGACAAGCGCACUACGGACUACUUCGGCAUUUUGA